AUGAUGGCGACACCCUUGGCUAGAGAGCCCCUGAUGCCUCAGCCGCACAACGACGUCAAAGAAUUGGCAGCAGCAUGGCCAAAGCCUCCGUCGCGUCUUCACCGGGAGUUGAGCGAGGAGGAAGAGUCAGCCAAAGCAAUUCGUCUGACCCCAUUCGUGCCGCUACCUGUCAUGGAAGCGAAGCAGCCUGGUCAGAAAAGACCGACUACAGGAUACGCGGAGUGUGGUGCAAUUUCAAUGGGGAUUACAGAUGACAUGCGAGAGAAUAUACUGACACAGCAGCCACCAAGCUUGAGGGAAGUGUGUGAUAAAGCUAUUCAGACAAAUUCUCCUUCACACGUUUUUCCAGUGGUGCUCUUGGAACAUUGCGCAGUCAUUAUUCCUCCAUUGACACCGAUGCCUCUGGGCGAUGGGGAGACAUUAAGCAAUGCAAUAGCAGAAGGGAGGUCUGGCACUACAGAGGCAACAGAAGGCGCCAAUAAAGAAGGUAGUGAUAUCGAGAUGUGCUGGCCCGUUUCGAUACCAACAGCGAAGACGACAAACUCUUCUNAAGCAGAACCACCAGCUGUGGAGAUGAAGGGUGGACGAAGUGCUGUUGUAACGAGCCCUGAAGGGAAUGAAUUGAUGGACGAGGCGUGGCAUCAGCCAGUUGAUCCAGUUGAAGAGAGCCACUUUGAACGUGAGGUAAUCCCAUUAGUGAGCGUUAUUGAAGAGAGCGUGGAUGAUGAUGAUGAUGAUGAGCAACAUCAAGUCGCCAAUGACGUACUCAACUCAUCUCCCGUGCGUGAGCUUAUCGCUGCGGAGUACGUGACCCGUAUUUCCCUUGUCAUGGAGGAGCGUGCACACCUGUGCGAGCUCUGGCAGACACAUUGCAGGGUUGCGCUCUGCAUUGCAGAGGCCUGUUCUACGGCCCACCGCAAUGGUGCUGUGGAGACAAUGAGGAACGAUUCCACAGUAUUGGUUGGUCUACAUGGAAUGCCCAAUCGCACAGAUAACGCAACUAUCACGGUGACGGAGCGGCGACGAUGGCAUGAAAGGACUCUGCACCGCCGGUCCCGCUUGUUACGCCUUCGUUGGUUGGGCCGAAGACGGCUAAUGGACAAGAUGAAGUCGAUUUCUUCAGUGGGUAACGAAGUGAGAGACAAAGUCCUCGACGAAUUGCCGCGAAGCUAUCAGGCAGAGGUUGACCAUCUCCAGCAGCGCCUGGAGAGAGAGGCUCUGGAGCUCUCCAACGCCAAGUGUGAGCUACUGGCGACAGUGGAGGGCCUCCGCAGGAAUAAUGAGGCUUUGGAGACUGAUUCUCGGGAGCGUGAAGGGGAGCUGGCUGCGCAGGUGCAGGCGCUGGAGACUCACUUGAAAGAGGAGCAGAGUACCCUGCAUCAAGUCCGUGAGGAGGCCACCAAUAGCCUCCGCUGUGCGACGGAGGAAGCUUCUGCGCGGGAACGUGCAGCAAAUGCACGCCAUAUGGAACUUCAACGCGAGGUGCUUGAGUUGACCGCGCGAGAACUCUGUGCGGUGAGACUGGCUGAUAAAUUGGAACGGGAGCUGCUGCUUACACACAGCAGAGAAGAGGAACACAUCACCGAGAUGCGGCUUCAGGCACACGAACUGCGUGAUGUGGAGAGGCGUAUAACCCGCCCCCGAGCCCAGACAGCAGCUGCUAUGGAUAUAAUUGGCCGCUGCGCUGCGCGGUCGCUUGCCCUGCGGUGUCUCGUCCGCUGGGCGCGCAAGUCCCGAGAGACAGGACACUGCAAUAUGGUGCGCUUGCGGCGUGAAAACAAGGAGCGGCAGCGCGAGUUGACGCUGUGGCGCGACUACAUCUGCCUCGCUGAGACUGCCCUGCGGCCUUCUGCGGCAGCGGCAGAAGCGUCCGCCGCUGUGGUGUCGCCCGGCAGCGGCGUGGCGGUCGCGUCGGCGCGAGACGUUGUUGGUGUUGCAUCCAAUACCGUCGGCCGUUCCGCUGGAACUGUUGCCGUCGUUGGGCCUGCCUCGCUGUGGCCGAGCCGGAUAGAAUCACCCGCCAUGCUUGGCGUGAAGUGCAUGCUGGCGAGGGAACGGGAGCGAACAGCCGAGCUCGAGGCGGAGCGGGAUGCACUGCAACUCGCUCUACGCGACAGUAUUGCUGCGAACGACGAACUGCUUGCCCAACUCCAGGCGGCUCUACAAGGCCAUGCUGUGCAAGUGUGA